GUUCUAAAAGCUAUAACACACUUGCCUUGAGUACACUCCAGAAGAAUAAUCUUUGAAAGAUGAAAACCCUCAUCUUUAGUUCUUGAAAUUUGGGUAUUUUUCAACAAUCUUGAAGCCGUUUCAUCUCCAAAUCGAUGGAAACAAGAUGUGAUAUGUGUGAAAAGAGCUACAUAGCGUUUUUGCUUCGGGUUAUGGUGGUUUUCCUUUGGAUUACACCGAUUUGUUCGUCGGUUGCUAAUGCAGACAAUGUGUUCGACGAAAUGCCUCUGAGUGUUCAAGACAGAGCUUCUCUUCUUCUGUUUAAGUCAGAGGUUCGUGACCCGAAUCAGAAACUGUUGUGGGUCGGGUCGGGUUGUGGAAACUGGACUGGGGUUACUUGCUCCAGAUGGAAUGGUAGAGUUAUUGCAGUUAACUUCACUGGAUUCGGUUUAUCAGGCCAGCUUCAUACAAGUUUGUGUAAACUUUCUUAUCUUGAAACCCUAAAUUUGUCACAUAACAACCUUCUUGGCCCUGUUCCACCUUGUUUUGGGUCAUUUUGGAAUUUGAAAACUUUGGAUCUUAGUUUUAAUAUGUUUAGUGGUGCUGUUCCUGAUACACUCAUGAAAUUGAGCCGGUUAGUUCGACUCGAUUUCGGUCACAAUAUGUUUGAAGCAAUGCUUCCUGUUUGGAUUGGGAAUUUCUCAUUGAAGCUGCAAAAGGUAGAAUUAGGGUCUAAUUUGUUUCAUGGGGAGAUACCAGAGGGUUUGUUGCACCUAAAAUCUCUUAAGUUUGUGGGUUUAUCUCAUAAUAAUUUGUCCGGUAACUUACCGGAUUUCAUGCAAGCUUUAGAGCACCUUAAUCUUGAGUCGAAUUCGUUUUCGGGUACCUUACCGUGCUUGUCAUCGUCAGUCGACACGCUUUCGGUCUUAAAUUUAGCCGAAAACUCACUCGAAGGGGGGAUUCCGACUUGCAUUUCGUCACUUAGAGUUUUGACGCAUCUUAAUUUGUCGUCUAAUCGGCUAAGCUACGAGAUUUCUCCAAGAUUCGUGUUUUCCAACAGGUUGAUUGUUAUGGAUUUGAGUUAUAAUCGGUUGUCGGGUUAUCUUCCUAGAAAGAUUCUCGAAUCGUCGGAGAAAUCGGGUCUUGUUCUUUUAGACCUUUCGCACAACCAGUUCUCGGGUGAAAUCCCGUUAGAUUUUACCGAAUUGAAAAGCUUACAAGCGAUGUUUCUUUCGCACAAUCUUCUCACGGGUGAAAUCCCAUCACGAAUCGGGAACUUAACGUAUCUUCAAGUGAUCGAUUUAUCUCAUAACUCGUUAUCUGGUUCAAUCCCUUUGAACUUCGUCGGUUGCUUUCAACUACUCGCGUUAAUUCUCAACAACAACAAUCUUUCGGGUGAAAUCCAACCUGAGCUCGACGCAUUAGACAGUUUAAAGAUUCUCGAUGUCAGCAACAACAAGAUUUCUGGUCAAAUCCCGUUGACUUUAGCCGGAUGUAAAUCACUAGAGGUUGUAGAUUUAAGCUAUAACAAUCUCUCGGGACCUCUAAACGACGCGUUGACCAAAUGGUCAAACCUCCGAUAUCUUUCGCUUGCACACAACAAUUUCAGCGGGCCGAUUUCAAGCUGGAUUUUCAUGUUCGAAGCUAUCCAAACGAUCGAUUUGUCUGGUAACAUGUUUUCCGGCGACAUCCCUGAUGGUAUCUUUAAUGUUAGUUUACAUUUUAACAAUGGUAACUUUAAUAAAGAAACCCCUAAAGUGCCAUUGUUAGAUAGUAAACUAUCUGUGGUUAUGGGUGAUGAUUUGCAUCUGAAUUACAACUUGUCAUCAACGGUCAUGAUCGAUUUAUCGGAUAACAUGUUACACGGGCAGAUCCCGGACGCCCUUUUUACCUUACACGGUUUGGAGUAUCUAAAUUUGUCUCACAACUUUCUCGGCGGUCAAAUUCCCGGGAACUUACAGUCGAUGUGGAGCUUGAAGAUUCUCGAUUUAUCGCAUAAUUCGUUAUCGGGUCAAGUACCCGAAAACUUAUCGAGUCUCGGGAAUUUGACGCAUUUGAAUCUUUCGUUCAAUUAUUUCUCGGGGAUUGUUAACAAGACGAAAGGGUAUUGGAGGUUUUCUGGUGCGUUUGCGGGGAACCCGAAUCUAUGUGUGGAGUCUUCGGGUUCUGGUGAUGGUUGUGGGACGAAAGAGCGACCGGUUGAGCCGGAACAGGCUUAUGAAGAGGGGAAAGAAGACGGGCCGAUUUCGGUAUGGGUGUUUUCGGUUAGUGCUUGUGUUAGUUUUUACCUUGUUGGUGUUGUGUUGUGUUGUUCAUCUCGAACUAGGAACUUUAUGUUUGGGACGAAAGAUUGAUUAAUGAUGUUUAAAUGUAGAAAUGGUAGGUUAUGACUUACGAUUGUACAUAUGAUGAAUUUUCCUAAUGGAUCUUACAAAACUCUCAUCUUUUGUUAACA